CUACGUUCUGAGUCUGGAACCUCAACUUUUAUCUGGGGGACAAACGAUGCAAGAGAAUGCCUGCAGCGAAGAAAGUCAAUUGGAGAGCGUCUCAGAUUGUUCCCCAGACUUCCCAGACUCAUGUCCACUGUCCUGCAUGGAGCCCUUUGCGGUCCGCAGGCUUUCCUGCCGAACCGUCCAGCUGCCCCCUUUGGCCUUCAGGCUGGCUGAGCAGUACUACUGUGAGAGAAAACCAGAGACUGAGACGGCCCAGCCUCGACCCACCAGCCUCCCCUUGAGAGCAACUCCACUCAUUGCCAUCACCUCCGCAGAUACAAGCAGGUAA